AUGUCUCGAUUCGAUUUGGAUGUGGAGCGUACUGUACGCAAAGCAUGUUCUUAUGAGGAAACUGCCCCGAAAAGAAAACAUGUUCGUGCUUGUAUAGUGUAUACUUGGGAUCAUAAAUCCUCAAGAGCGAUAUUUAAUGCAUUCAAAGUACAACCGUUGGCCCAAGAUGAAAUAUCCCUUUUCAAAGCGUUGAUAUCUCUUCACAAAAUUCUACAGGAGGGACACCCUUCUGCUAUUGUUGAAGGUAUCAGAAACCGAGAAUGGUUAGAAAGUCUUGGUCGUAUUUACCCCGGAGGUGGCGGCAGCGGUUAUGGUCAUUUGAUUGAGGAAUAUGUUAACUUUCUAUUACAAAAGUUAAAAUUCCAUCGUGUCCACCAUGGCUUCAAUGGAACUUUCGAAUACGAAGAGUACAUGUCUUUGGUUACUACAUCUAACCCAGACGAAGGUUAUGAAGCCAUUUUGGAUUUGAUGGAUUUGCAAGACACUAUCGAUAAAUUCGGUAGAUUGAUAUUUUCAAGCAUUUCCAGCGGUCGUCGCAGCGAAUGCAAGAUCUCGGCACUAGUUCCUUUGGUUUCUGAAACCUACGGCAUUUACAAAUUCAUCAUGUCCAUGAUCCGAGCGCUCCACAACCAAACCGGCGAGGACGAUGCGUUGAAACCUUUGUAUGAUAGGUUUUGUGAAGAGCACUACCGUUUAUUUGAGCUUUAUGCCGAUUGUUCGGCUAUCAAAUAUCUCACCAGUUUGAUCAAAAUUCCCAAGUUACCAAGUAGUGCUCCUACGUUGGAAGCGUCCGAGGGGGAGUUGAACAUUAGCAGACCCGCUACUCGGGGAUCUAACAAUGGCAGUUUCGGAGCUGAAAGCAGUUCCAGAAAUGGAUCUGUGAUGAGUUUAGGUGUUUCUAGGCAGUCAACCCAAAAUGAUGGAUAUAGUGGCGGUGCAGCUGUUGCACCCAGUUCUAGUCAAGUCACAGGUGCUUAUGGUUCUUUUAUUGCCGAUAAUACAGGUGUUCAAGCGCAACUUCAAGCGGAGAGACAAAAACUUGAGGAGUUACGAAGGCAGGACGAAAGUAUACGACUCCAGCAACAGCAAAUGCAGGAAAUGGAGGCGCGGGAGGCGUUAGCCCAACUAGAACAGCAAAGGCAACUUGCCUUACAGCAACAACAAGCACAGCUGGAAAUGCAGAGGCAACAGCAAUUAGCAAUGCAACAGUCCGAACAAGCUAUGUUUGAACAACGAAUGCGCGAAGAGCAGCAAGCUCAGUAUGAAAGAGUUGCACAGAAUGAGCAAUUUCAAAAUGAUCUGAAAGCGCUGAGGGAACAGCAUGAAAGGGAUCAGGUUAUGCUUCAACAAUACGAUGGCAGAGUUGUUGCGUUGGAGAAAGAACUUGAGAAUUUGAAUAUUAACGUCGAUGACCAAUUUAAGAAUCACGAAGAUCAAAUUAAACUGUUGGACCAGUGGAAAGAUAAGUACGAUGGAUUGGCCAGUCUGUACUCACAAUUGAGACAAGAACAUCUGAUUGUUUUGAAGAAGCUAAAGAAAUCACAACAAGUAGAAAGCAGCGCCAAAGAAGCGAUAAUUAAACUGGACGCCCUUGAAGCGAAUCGUCACAAAGAAAGGAAAGAAAUCGAAGAGGUAAAGAUAGAACGCGACAGAGUGCGUAGUGAAGUCGAAAAAUUAAAAGCUGAGAUUGGUAAGAUAAAAAUCGAUGUUGUUAGAGAUGUACUCGGAGCUGCUGGUAAAAGUAUCAUGGAAAGCGUACCAGUAUCGGAGUGUGCAACAAAUUUGGCGAAUGAAUUUAAUGAGCUAAUAUUGGACGGCGGCCAAGCUGACCUGCAGCCCAUUACCUCAAGUAUCAUGAGUUUCUGUAAGGAAGUGUCAGGUAGAGAGGAGGGUCAAGAGUAUGUUUAUACGUUAAAGCAUAUGAGGGGAACGCCUGAGGAGAUAACGGACAAAGUGAUAGAUCUCAACAUUGCAUUGCAAACCAAGCUGUCACCUAUUCAAACCUUAGUUAACCUACCACAGAAUGAUGCAGUCAAGGCCAUUACCAAUCUGAUUAGAGCUUCAACGGCAUGCCAGGCUGAAAUCGCCACCACUCAAAACCCCGAUCCCUACCUCCAACAAAACAGAUGGAGUCGCGGUCUGGUUUCUGCCGCUGAGGAGGUGGCCAAAGCAACACGUCAAAUGGUUUCCGCCAACUCUUAUGAAAUUUUUACGGCUGCAUCGAAUCAGGUUUUAGCAUCCACGGCACAGCUGGUGGCUGCAUGUAGAGUAAAGAAUCCACCAUCCCAACCACGCUUAGAGCAGUAUAGCCGAAUUGUGAAUGCAGCCGUAAAGGCUAUGAGACAGGAACCUCCAGAGAUAACUCUGCCAAACUCAGAACUGGACUUGCAGGCACAUAUAGUCCAAUUGGAGAAUGCUUUGGAACAGUCUAGGAAAAAAUUGGGAGAGAUGAGGUACUAG